AUGACCUUGAGUUUGUGUGAUCAAGACCCGGGUAGUUGGCCAUGGUUCAUUGGGGUUGAUUUUAAUAUUAUUCGUUGCAAUGAUGACAAAGUUGGUGGUAUUAUGUGGGCUCCCAGUGCAAAAGCUGAGUUUAAUGCUUGUAUUCAACAUUGUGGUUUGCUUGAUUUGCCUUAUGUAAGAAAUCGAUUGUCCUGGUGUAAUGGUAGACUUGGGGUGAGGUGUAUUUGGGCGAGAUUAGAUAGAGUUUUGGUGAAUAUGACUUUCAUUAAUUUAUGGGGAGAUGUGCAUGUUGAAUAUCUUCCGAGAUCAUCUUCGGAUCAUUUGCCGAUGGUGGUGUCGUUAUGUCGUGAGCAAAGUAUGGUCGCCAGGCCGUUUCGUUUUCAGUGCAUGUGGGGAACGCAUGAGGGGUUUCUUCCCUUGGUUAAGGAGGUGUGGUAUGUAUUUAUAGAUGGCUGUCCAAUGUUUCCGAUUAGUAAGAAAUUGAAAGCAUUGAAAGGUGCUUUGAGAAAAUGGAAUGUUGAGGUGUUUGGAAGAGUCGAAGUUGAAUUAAAGGCUUUGGAAAAUCGUAUAGUUGCCUUGGAGCAAUCGGUUUUGACUGAUUUUUCUUCUCAGACUGAAGCGGAACUAUUAAGUUGUAAACAACAACAUUUACGAUGGUUGCAUAGAGAGGAAAUCUUGGGUUGUCAAAACUCCCGCAUUAAAUGGUUAAUGGAGGGGGGUUCGAAUACGGCUUUCUUUCAAGCUAUGAUGUGUAUUAAAAAGAAGAAUAAAAGGGUUGAGAAAAUGCGGCUGGAGAAUGGGCAGGUUCAUGAAUCUGUGGAAGAGGUACAUAACGGCACAAUUGAUCUUUUUUUUCAGUAUCUACUUGCUACGGAUGGAGUUCAUUUUGAUGAAGACUCCCUUUCUUUGCUUUUGCCGUCAAUCACAGAUCUGGAAAUGAAGCAUUAA